GAAUCCGGUUCCGCUCCCCCUCGAGUUUGAAUUCCGUAACGGUCUCGCGGCGAAGUACGUACGUGAGUACAAGUACACGAGCACGAGACGACAGUCGAGGACCGUCCCACCCUGUUUCUCCGGUGACGGAGGCAACCGCGCUUUGACGUACGACCGUGGGUAGUCACAGGACGCCGGAACGGGACGGGAGUCGGGAGUGUCGGGACUGACGGGAGUCCCGCCGCGCCGAGCGGCCAAACCGGACGACGAUGACGACGAGAAACGACGACGGCGGCGAUGCACGCCUGACGUAAUCAUACGCGGCUCGGCUCGGAUUUUUGCGCGCGUAGGCAGGCCGCCGUCGCGCCGAUUAGCAUCCGCCGCGGGCGGACUUCGCCUAGUUACCCGCCCACACUCCGACGUCGCCCCGCGUGUUUACUGCGCGCCCGCGCUAUAUCGCCGCUAAUUGAACGCUCCUAUUUGCAUUAACGUCGCGCUGAUGACAGAUCCACCUGAUCGGCAUCUGCUACUGCGCCGUACACCCGCAACUGGAGCACGAUGGAGGACGCGAACGAGGUUUUGGUGUGCGCGGCCGAAUUCAUAAAAGAUCGAUUGUACUUUGUGACAUUCAGAACAGCAAUGAAACCAAAAAGUACUCCAAACACCCACUACUUCAGUAUUGACAACGAGCUGGUAUAUGAGAAUUUUUACUCCGACUUCGGCCCUUUAAAUCUGGCCGUGCUGUACAGAUACUGCCAAAAGGUUAACAAGAAGUUAAAGGGCAUCGCGCUCAGCAAAAAGAAACUCGUGCAUUAUACGACGCUGGACGCGGAGAAAAGAGUCAAUGCUGCAUUUCUUAUGGGAAGUUACGCGAUAUUAUAUUGCAAGCGUACAGCGCAAGAAGCUUACGAGUGUUUGACCAAAAGUCCAAAUAGUCCCUCGUUCAUCAUGUUUCGCGAUGCCUCCGUUGGACCACCCUGCUAUCAAAUAUCGUUGAGGGACUGUCUAAGUGCUAUAUACAAGUGCCAUCGACUUGGUUUCUUUAAUUUCGAAGAUUUCUGUGUUAAAGAGUACGAACACUUUGAAAGAGUUGAGAAUGGGGAUUUAAAUUGGAUAGUUCCUGGGAAGUUCAUUGCUUUCUGUGGUCCACACGCGAGAUCUAAAAUGGAAGAUGGUUACCCACUUCACGGACCAGAAUGGUAUUUUACGUAUUUCCGCCGUAAUAACGUAACAACAAUUAUACGGCUUAAUAAGAAGGUCUACGAUGCGUCGAGCUUCACCGAUGCCGGUUUUAUUCAUAAAGAUUUAUUUUUUAUGGACGGCUCGACGCCGACGGAUGCGAUAAUGCAUCAGUUUCUCAAAAUAGCGGAAAACGCGAGUGGCGCGGUCGCCGUGCAUUGUAAAGCAGGCCUCGGGAGAACGGGUUCUCUCAUAGGUUGCUACAUUAUGAAGCAUUACCAUUUGACGGCUCACGAAACGAUCGCCUGGAUAAGGAUAUGUAGGCCAGGUUCUGUAAUUGGGCAUCAGCAACAAUGGCUGGAGAGAAAGGAGGCAUAUCUCCGAUCGCUGCUGAAAGAACCGUUGCAACCUGAAAAUGGAAAUCCGGUACACGAAUACGGGAUAUAUUCGAUAGCUGGUAGACCUAGAGCAGCUUCUUUCCAAGGGGACGUAAAGACUUUGAUGGAGGAUAACGUAUCGGGGAUAAUGCAUCGCGUGGAUGAAAUAAAAUUAGACGAUCCUGGACCAGUGGCUGGGGCUAGCGCCACGAGGUACAGCACGCUGACUCAGGGUGAUAAAUUGUGCAGAAUCAAGGCCAGAAGAAGAGGGAUAUCGACAACUCAAACUUCUCUUAAUGCAAGCACAGGGACAUCUACCGUUGCGCACCCGUAUUUGGGAUCCCUGUUACAAACCAGAAGUCAAAAAGGAGCUAUUACUACUCUAGUGGGAAAUAAAGAAAGAGAUCCCACCAAAAGGCUAUUAUCACGAUCCACCGCAACGACAGUCGUGAAAAGAAACAGUUGGUUGGUCAACAGUAGCUGUGAUCCAUCUUCCUGCCGUAUUAGGUCUAAACCGGCAACACAGAGCCAUAACAUCAACAACAAUACAACUACCACCAAUCCCGUUACAUCUUUAACCGUAUCAAAACCAGUGAGAAGGGCGAAACGUACCUCCUGCAUGGCUCCACAGGCCCACGCUACAAACUCGUCUGCCAAUCAUUCAGUACCGCAACCGCAACAACGCAUGAAUAUGAUCCUCAGGUCGGCAGACCGAGUUACUCGCUAUUCGCUCAGGCAUGCGCGCACAACAAAAAGUUAUAAAAGUGCAUUUAUCAGAUGACUAACCGAUAUUCCCAGUGGCGUUGGGGAGGACUGUCAGGUAACUGGAGCAUCUCACCAGCGCCGAAGAUCUCAUCGCUUAAACCCCAUCAUUCAGUAAAAAGCACCUCACUCUGAUCUUCAAUCCUUCAACUCGAGCAAGUUUUGCCCAGGCUUUUAUAUCAAAUCAACGAAGAUCAAACUAUAUCUCGACAAAAUCAUCAACACUGCAUUAUUGAUUAAUAUGGUUUUGUCAUAUCUGCAUCAUGGGAUAUGAAUUUGUUGCAGUGAUAUUUAAUAUAUAGCUUACACGGCUUUUAAUUGUUCUUCCAUAUAUCAAAGUAUUGCGAUGCGUUGAAUGUCUGCAAAAAAAAAAAGAAAAAAAGGGAAAUCAGAUUUCUGUUAAUAUCAUCUUUCCACUGUAACUUUCUGCUGGUCAGAAUAAGCACACUUGUAGAUAUAUAUUUUCAAAAAUCACUUCAACUAUACAUAUAAUUUCUGUUUUCAAUAAUUUUUUCAAUCAUUGUUGCCAAAAUGUUAAUUUAAUGCUCACGUGUUCUUUUUGGAACUUAGUUGAGUAUAUAUUUUACGAUAACGCAGUUUAAAAGUACACUCCUUUGUUUUAUUUAACUUUAUGAAAAUGUUAAAAACUAUAGAAACAUUUAAUGAUUAUUUUUAUCAUUUUAAUGAAAUAAGAUGUAUUAUUUCCCUCUUCCGUUAUAACUAUAAUUAAUGUACAGUUCUUGUUACUGUUAAAAAUCUAAAAGGAUCAACUUUAUUGCACGAUCAAGGAAGGAGUGUAAUGAUAAAUUUCUCGCCUAUGGCCUCAAAAUUAACAUUUAUUACACCUUUCGUUGUAUUAAAAUAUAGAAGUUUUUAUAUACUAGAUAUUAUAUAUA